AUGUCCGAGACAUCACCAUUGCUCCAGCCCGGCGCCGAGGCCGCAGCCUAUGGAACGCGAUCAUCCACCUCACCCGAAUCGAGCCCCCAAGGAGAAGAGAGGACAAUCAUCAACAAAGACCUACCCUUCGCCCGCCUAGCAGUUAUCCUAACAACAGCCUGGCUCGGCGUAUUCCUCGGCGCCGCCGACACAACAGUAAUCGCAACCCUCUCCGCCCAGAUCUCAAGCGAAUUCAAUUCCCUUAGUCUCCUCUCCUGGCUUGCAACAGCCUACCUGAUAGGCAACGCCGCCAGUCAACCCAUUUCAGGUCGUCUAACAGACAUAUUCGGUCGUGGCCCUGGUUUGGUGUUCUGUAACCUCGCCUUUGCAACCGGCAACCUUCUAUGUGGAUUAGCUACUAGCCAGCAUGCUAUGAUACUGGGAAGAGUGGUCGCUGGUGUAGGCGGUGGGGGUUUGAUGAGUAUUUCCAUGUUCCUGGGUUCGGAUCUUAUACCGCUUAGGAAACGCGCUCUCGUGGGUGGCGUUGCGAAUCUUUGGUAUGGAGCUGGGACUAUGGUUGGUGCUGUUUUUGGUGGGAUGCUGGGUGAUUAUAGUGACAUUGGCUGGAGAGUUGCGUUUCUUGUUCAGAUCGUUCCGUCUUUGGUCUCUGCUGUCAUUGCGUAUGUCAUGAUUAAGGUACCACCAAAACAAUCCGACAAGUCGUACAUCAAGCGUAUCGAUUUUGGUGGUGUUUUCCUGGUCACUGCCUUCCUGGCAAGUCUCGUCCUUGGUCUCAGCAUGGGAGGCAACAUCGUGCCUUGGUCGCAUCCUCUGCCAAUCACGGCAAUUGUAAUAGCAGUAUGCUUAUUUAUUGCCUUCAUCUGCUGCGAGCUCAGGGUCUCCCAGCCGAUCAUUCCCGUCAAGCUUUUACUUAACCGCACCGUCCUGGCUACAUGCUUUGCUAGUGCGUUUUGCGCAGCAAUCAGCCUGACGAGCAUUUUCUACAUACCGCUUUACCUGCAAGCACGCGGAGACUCAGCCACGGAUGCCGGACUCAAAAUUAUGCCUUCAUCUCUUGGACUAAUCGGACCACUACCGCUCGGGUACUUGAUGAAGAAGACAGGGAAGUACGUUGGGAUCGUGGUCAGUAGUAUUGUCACGAUGAUUGUGGGCGCAAUCAUAUUUACACUUCAAGACGAUGCAAGUCCAACCUGGAUGACGUGUUUAGCAUUCUUCAGUCUCAGUCUUGGUUACAAUACCGCUUUUAGCAUUACACAGGUUGCUUGCCUCGCAGCCGUGGAGCAUUCGCAACUGGCUAUGGUCACAUCAACAAUUAGUAUGACUUCAUCGAUGUGGGAUACGAAUUGUGCUAACUGUCUCUUAGUGUUAGCUCGAAGUCUCGGAAGCACCAUCGGAAUCACAAUCGCCUCUGUUGUUUACCAGCAUAGCUUGACGAGCGGCCUUUGGGCUCGAUUCGGCGACUACCCGAAUGCUGUCGAAGAGAUACAGCGAAUCCGUGACGACCUUACCGAGCUGAAGCGACUCCCAAGCGGGUGGCAUGAAGGUGCUAUCAAGUCGUUAAUGGUAGCAUUUGAGCAUGUUUGGAUCUUGUUACUUGCAUGGGCUGUAUUGGCGUUGGUCAGUAUCACUCCUAUCAAGCAACACAAACUAUACUCUACACUGGAGCGGGAAUGA